GGAUUUUUUUUGUUAUCAAGCUUUAAUAAAGCUAAGGUGUGGUGUUUAACUUGUUUAUUCCAUUUCAUCAGCAGCAGCAAUGUACUUUUGGGUCACCAAUCCACACACAAACACACAGACACCGGCAUUUUCCAACAUUCCCAAAGACAAAGUCCUAGGAUAAGUUAAGAACAACUCCAAUCUCUUGCACUUUCUUGUUUCCACAUUAUUAUUAUUAUUACUACUACUACUUGUGUAGCGUGUGUGUUCCACAUUGUUGCUUGUUGCCCUACCCAUGAUCUUGGAACUGAGAUGAGAAGCCACAUUGAUUAACAAGAGCAACAUUAGAUCUCCCAAGUUGAAGUCUUUGGAGACACCCAUUAUGAUGGGGGGUGUGAGUCUGAGGGAAUCAUGGUGUUUCUGCAAAGGGGUCAGCAAGUCUGAGAGAAUGAAAGCUGCUAUUUUUACAGGGAAGGCUCAGGCCAUGGCCACAAUCACCGCCACCGCCUCCACCGCCGCCGUGCCUAAUGGGGCUUUCGGCACCGGGUUUUUAAUCCACCGGAACCUUCUAUUGACCACUCACGCCAAUCUUCCGUCGGUGGUCGCCGCCGACACCGCUGAGAUCCGGCUUCACAAUGGUGUGGCUGCCACUCUUGUUCCUCAGAGGUUUUUCAUUUCAAGUUCUGUAUUAGAUCUUACGAUUGUGGGUUUAGAUGACGCGGAUGGAGACUCAAAUGCACAGGGUCAGUGCCCUCACUACUUGAAGACCAGUUGUAAAGCCAAUCUAGAUCUGGGAAGUGCAGUUUACCUUUUAGGCUACACAGAGAAACAGGAGCUCACUGUUGGUGAAGGAAAGGUGGUCAUUGCCACUGAUAAUCUCAUAAAACUGUCAACUGAUGGAAUUCAAUGGGGUCCCGGUUCUGCAGGUUUUGAUGUGCAUGGCAAUCUAGCUUUUAUGAUAUGUGAUCCUAUGAAAUUAGCCACAUCACCAAAUACCAAAUCGCCUUCAACUUCAACGUCAUCAUCAUCAUCCUCUUGGAAGAAAGACCACCCCAUGCAAUUUGGCAUACCAAUUCCUGUCAUAUGUGAUUGGUUAAACCAGCAUUGGGAAGGCAACCUUGAUGAGCUUAACAAGCCAAAAUUACCAAUCAUGCGAUUGAUGUCAACCGGCCCAAAGAGCGAGCACUCGUGUGCUUCCUUCACCCUGCGGCAAGUUUUCAAGUCAACUGAGGGCGAUGAUGAUGACACCCCUUCCUCAUCAAACAAUGCCUCAAAGGCAAGGGAUCAGGGACCAAGCUCUUCUGCUGCUACCAACGCAGUUGAAGAAGAAAGCUUGAUCACUAAUCCCAAUGUUGCACAUGUACAGGGAAUCCCCACUCCCGAAAUAUACGAAUCACCUAGAGUAACUGCUGUCCCACUCAGAAGGAAAGAAAACAUACCAUUACAGCUUUUGGACAUCAAUUUUCCUCCAAGGACUUCCAAACCUGCAGUUUUUCCACAAUCAUCCAAACCAAAAACUGCUGAAAAUCUUGCCAAAGAACCUUUGCCCGAAAACCAAGUAGAAGGAGAACAAAACAAGCACACAAGGCCAACAACUCCUAUUCCAGAUGUUUCCUCAACAGGUUCUGUCAAUGGAGCAGCUCAAAGUGAGGUUCAGUCUAGUUCGUCUCCCGUGGAAGUAUAUGAGAUGCAAAAUGGAUACAGCAGCGAAGGAGAGACCAUGUACUCGGCAGAAACAGCUGAGUCUCGCAACUACACAAGCCCCAGAGAGUUUAACUUUCAACAAGUGGGAAGGAGCCAGAGUUGUGUGAGUUACAAUAGGUGGGGUGCUGCACCAAGAAGCCAAGUUGCACGCGGGAUGAUGGUGGAAAAUCAGAGAAGCUUCAUGCAUGUGAAGAGAAUGUAUUCACAAGGUGCAACAACUUCUCAGCGAAGCAAUGACUAUUUCAGCCCCACUGUCUCCUCAAUCAUGAAACGUAACAGCGGCUCAAGCAAGCCACCACCCCGGCAAAGUGCUGUUCAUUCUCCUUCACCCAGAUGGAUGUUUUGAUUGAUUGCUACUUUAUAUAUGAUGUUUCUACUUCAUAAAGUAAAAUUCAAAAAAAAAAGAAAAUUUAAAGAAAAAGAGUAUAGUGGCUUUAUGUUUAUAUUCUUUUUGUUCUCCAUAUUUAUAUGCUCUUUAUUUUUUAUGAAACAUGUGCAAAGACUAGUUAUGGUGAAUAAGAAAUUUAAGCCAAAAUGUAGAUUUCUUUCAA